AUGGCUUCAACCACAACAACCACACAAAAACAAGACCUCCUCGUCAGCGCCAACUUCGCAACCUCCACCACCACCUCCUCCUCAUCCUAUAACCACUACACCCAACCUAAAUCCACGAUAGACUACGACCACGAAAUCUACCUCCAAUUAACAGCCGAGGACGGAAGGCCCGCGAAGACAGCGAACCAGGUUUAUCGGGAGGAACGCGCACGUCAGAAAUCCACUCGCGCUUUGGAUCCGGCGAUCUCGGAUCCGCAGGGAGAGCCGGGGGCGAUUGAUUUCGAGUGUGUGGAGAUGCAGACUCAGACGCAAUAG